CCCACCGCUAGUAGGCGCUAAGUCAAAAAUGUGUGCGGUUUUCUUCCCAAAACAGGAAGUCUCAAAAACCUGUUCCACUUGCCCGUUUUCCCUCACGGUUUUCUUAAUUUAUGACCUUCUAUCCUCGACUUAGCCGACAAACUAAACAUAAAAACCACAAACUAAUUGACCGUUCGCCCUGAGUUAGCCUAGUGAGCUACAUCCAUGCUAGCUUGCUGGCUAGCGGCUGUCAUGGCGCCAAGUUGACUCUCCGGCCAAAAAACAAAACAAAAAAACGACGAAAAGUCGUCCGACAACAUUCUCUGUUUAUGGCAGCGACGGCUGAAAGCUCACCAAGAUGAGGAGAUUGAGCAAAAAGAAAGCCUUGACGCUGGUCAAAGAGCUGGACGCUUUCCCGAAAGUCCCCGAGAGCUACGUGGAGUCGUCAGCCAGCGGCGGCACAGUGUCGCUGAUUGCGUUCAGUGCCAUGGCUGUUCUAGCCUUCCUGGAGUUCUUCGUGUACAGAGACACAUGGAUGAAAUACGAGUACGAGGUGGACAAAGACUUCAGCAGCAAACUGCGGAUAAACAUCGACAUCACAGUAGCCAUGAGAUGCCAGUAUAUAGGUGCAGAUGUUCUGGACCUGGCUGAGACCAUGGUUGCUUCUGAUGGCCUUACAUAUGAACCAGUCAAUUUCGAAUUGUCGCCACAGCAAAGACUAUGGCACAUGACUCUUCUUCACAUCCAGGAACGGUUAAGGGUGGAGCACUCCCUGCAGGAUUUGAUCUUCAAGAGUGCGGUAAAAGGAGCUCCAGCUGCUCAGUCUGGCAGCAUGGACAGCAGCAUAUCUUUGACCGCCUGCAGGAUUCACGGACAUCUGUACGUCAACAAGGUGGCCGGAAACUUCCACAUCACAGUUGGCAAGUCCAUCCCACAUCCACGAGGCCACGCCCACCUGGCAGCUCUCGUCAGCCAUGACAGUUUUAACUUCUCCCACCGCAUCGACCACCUGUCUUUCGGAGAGGACAUCCCUGGCAUCAUCAGCCCCCUCGACGGCACAGAGAAAGUCACCACAGAAUCUAACCACAUGUUUCAGUACUUCCUCACCAUUGUUCCUACCAAACUCAACACCUACAAGGUCUCGGCGGACAUGCACCAGUACUCGGUCACGGAGAGGGAACGAGCCAUAAACCACGCUGCAGGCAGCCACGGCAUCUCAGGGAUUUUUAUGAAGUAUGACAUUAGCUCUCUGAUGGUGAAAGUCAGCGAGCAGCACAUGCCGCUAUGGAAGUUUCUAGUCAGGCUGUGUGGCAUCGUUGGAGGUAUCUUCUCCACUACAGGCAUGCUGCACGGCAUGGUGGGCUUCUUGGUGGACGUGGUCUGCUGUCGCUUCCAAACGGCGGUCUACACACCUCUCAAGGAGGAGAAUCCCGGUGCGCAGCAGACCAACCAUCAAGCCCCGCCUCCUCCUGCGGAGUCCAACUCAGUUGUGAGUCAGCUGACAUCUUGCUCUUCUUGAAAGCUAAAUAAUGUCACCUUAAAAAAAAAAAAGAUAAAGUCCCGUAUUAUCACAAAUGACAGUGUGUUAACAUUAAUACCACACACACACACACACACACACACACAAAAGGUGCCUAUGUGUAAACGUUUAUUAAAUCAAAUCUUGAUAUCUUGUUAUAUCUUCUGUAUUGUCAUG